CUAGAGGCAACACCGGUAACAGGGACAAACUUUUUGAUGCGCAAAUUUUCUAUUAUGCAGUAGACAAACCGCAUCAUUAUAAGACAAAAUGAUUAGGGUGUUGAUAGUCCUUUGCAGUUUACAAGCCGGUUUUGCAGUGAUGCACGUCUUCAAGGCCUGCGUAACGGGCAGCACAGGAGUGAGAGACCUCCCCGAGUUUGUGGCCGUGCCCAGCCUAGAUGACGAAAUGGUGGCCUACUUUGACAGCAAGACUAGAAAGAUAGAGAUCAGGCUGAAGUGGGUAUUGGACAAAAUGAACAACAGUCAAAAGUACAUUGACUUUUACAGUGUCAUGCUUAAUUUUGGCAUAGCAGAUUUAAUAAAUAAUUUACAAUUCACAAUGAAGCUCUAUGGUCACUCAGGAGGAAUCCACACACUCCAGCUAAUGGUCGGCUGUGAGGUCAAUGUAGAUGGAAAAGCUGGAGAGUUCAUAAAGUUUGGUUAUGAUGGAGAGGAUUUCACCAGCCUGGACAUAAGCACCCUCACCUGGAUUGCUCACAGCCCACAGGCUGUUAUCUUCAAUUCCGACUGGAACAAUCGGCCAGAAGUUGCUCGGCUUUGGAAAGGAUAUCUGGAUAUUCAAUGCUAUGACCUGUUGCAGGAGGCAGUUGACGUCGGCAGAGAGAUCCUUGAGAGGAAAGUCCCUCCUGAGGUCUCUCUGCUCCGGAGGGACCCCUCCUCUCCUGUCACCUGUCUUGCCACCGGUUUCUUCCCCAAAGGAAUUGUGGUGUCCUGGCAGAAAGAUGGAGAGGACCUGCAUGAGGACGUGGAGCUGUUGGAGACUCUGUCCAAUGAGGAUGGAACAUUCCAGACCAGAAGCAGGCUGACAGUCUCACCUGCAGACCUGAAGGAGCACAAGUUCAGCUGCAUUGUGGACCACAGCAGCCUGGAGAAGAAUAUUAUCAAGCCUGUGUCUGAGGAGGAGAUAAAGACCAACCAGGAUCCAGAGAACUCUCUGCCUGUCGACAUAAUCAUUGCUGUUGUGCUAGCAGUUCUUCUCGUGGCCAUCGCUGCCUUUGCUUGGUACUGGAAAUUCAGGAUGAGAAGAGGAGCGAACAUGUCGGAGGAGCUCAAGCCUUUACGUAAUCACAACAGACGAGGAGAGUCCCUUGCCUCGAGAAGAAGUCCCCUCUCCACAGACCAGAGGCAGGGGCAGUCUGGUGACCAAGCUGCAGAGUAUUGUUCUAAUACCUCCUCCGACCCCACAGCAAGGGCUUGAGGAAUCUUUCUUUACCCAGACAGGGAGGAACUGAGAGAAGAGCAUCAGGGGAGAGUGAAGACUUCCAGGAUGUUCUUCUUCUAAAAAAAAAAAAAAAAUCAAACAGGCAUAAACACACACUUACUUUAGUCAAUCACUCAUGAGUUCAAUAUAUAUUAAUAUUUUCUCUAAACAGGCUAUUCUAAAGCUUUCCUGGUAGAUACUGGCAGGUUUCUCAUAGUAGAAGGGGUUUUCUCUCUUUUUUUCAUGGAACUUUGCUCUCAAGACUUUGUUCUUAUAGAGCCAGUCCAAACUUACCAAUAGGUAAACUACAUGAAUUUACCUAUUGGCCCAGAGCUAUUCUGUCAUGGACUUCUUGUGGUCUGAUUAUUGAGAAACAAAGCCAAUAUCAUUAUGAAUAUGCAUCAAAACUGAAAAAUCGUGACUGCCAAACUGCUUGGGGUGGCAAAGUGAGUGAAGGACUUGUGACCCAAAGGCUGCAUAUUCAGUUCUGGUGGUACAGUGCUGUUGUUGUUUUGAAGGUGCUUAACAUCAGUUUCUUUUACUUUGGAUAGAUAUUGUUAAGGAUGGGGUCACACACACAUUAAACAUGCACAGACACUUUUCGUUUUGGGUUUUUUUUUAUUUUGCACCUGCUGAUUUUGACAGACAACUAGAGGCAGCUUCCCUUCCAGGUAUGUAGGAGAUCCAAACCUAUUACAGCAGGUUUGAACUGGAGAGUUUUUGGAGGAGCAGGAGCUCUUUGAUGACAGGACCAUUAGCCAGCAUUUGUUUGGGCUAGCGAGGACUCUGGGUAAUUUUAAUGUCACUGUUUGUUUUUUGCUGGGACACCAGUGAACUGUGCUUGUUGGACCUUCAGCGACUGUAGCGCUCGGCUCAUAUGUUACACUACUGUGGGGACUCACUAGCCUGCAUCUUGGAGUCACCGCCUUUUAUCCGUUUCACUUCGCGGAGUUGGACUGUCACCUGUGUCCCAUCGUUUUUAAAAUUAAAUUUAAAAUGAAAACUAAACUGAUCAAACCGCCAUGAGGACAC